AAAGUAAAAAAAAUCCCAAAAUUGUCUUUUAAAACUGCCAAUUUCAUGUUUCAUAAAAAGGAAUCUCCAACCUCCGUUCUAAAAAAAAAUCAAUGAUUUCAAACUAUGUAAUGGUAAAAUUUACAUUCCUUUAAUUUUCCCAUUUAACUUAUAGCAUGAACAGGACAAAAUAGGUGGAAAAUGAAAUUAAAUUGUCAAAUAAAUUAAAGUAUAAAAAAAUCUGUGAUUUUUUAGUGGUAGUAUUUUAUGUAAUAUAUUCCAAAGCAUUGUAAUUUUAGAUACACUAUACAGUAUCACAGUGUGUUAAUUAUCAACUAUCAAGCAAGCUAUCUGGAGAAUAAUAAUUGAACAUUUGGUAUCAAAGUGGGAAAAAUUCUGACUCAAUCUUUGAAGUUUGCAGUGUUUGAAAUUGAACAUUUGAACUACUAACCUUCGAUUAGAAAUCGUAAAUAGAAAUAUUUAACAUUCAAUUUUUAUGUCACGACUCCUUUUCUUUUUAGAAAAUUAUGACGGUUCUGACAUUUUGAUUUGCGGUGAUUAUACCACAAUUUCUAAAUCCUUAUAAGAUGUGUGCUCUUAAAAUUACCCGCUCUAUUUUAUGGCAACUUUCAAAUUAUACCCUUCUACAGGCGCAGACUACGACUCAAACGAUUGCAAAUUCCAUCAGGUUUUACUACACAGUCAAACGAAAAGUGGCUAAAGAUGAGAACUAUUUAUCAAAGCAUUUAUACGAUAAAAUCAGGAUAAAAGGUCCAAUAACGGUGGCAGAGUACAUGAAAGUAGUGCUUCAGAAUCCUAUGCAGGGUUAUUACAUGUCGAAAGACAUGUUUGGCGAGAAAGGUGAUUUUGUUACGUCCCCGGAGAUCACGCAGAUUUUCGGAGAAAUGCUGGCUGUUUGGUUCUUGAAUGAGUGGCAAAAAAUCGGUUGUCCUAAGCCACUUCAAAUAAUUGAAUUAGGACCUGGCCGUGGCACUUUGAGUUCAGACAUUGUUAACGUGUUUAGCCAUUUCAAAGCGUUGCAUAAUGCCAGCCUUCAUUUAGUGGAGAUAAGUCCCGUACUGAGUGAUAUUCAAGCUGGAACACUCUGCCUUCAAAGCAGUUUAAACAACAAUAAGAAUGCACUUGUUUAUAGACAUGGCAUCUCAAGACAUGGCAUUCCAGUAAGCUGGUACAAACAGCUCAAGGAUGUGCCAGAGGGAUUUACAUUGUUGUUGGCUCAUGAGUUUUUUGAUGCUCUGCCAAUUCAUAAAUUUCAUAAGACUUAUGCUGGUUACAAAGAAGUUUUGAUUGAUAUUGAUAAUUCAGAAGAGAAGGAAUACAAGUUCAGAUAUGUCUUAGCCAAAAAUGAUACUCCCAUGCUAAAAGUGUUGCUCAAAUCUAAUGAAACCCGUGAUCAUGUGGAAAUUUCUGCAGAUAGCCUCCUCAUUUAUGAGCAAAUAUGCCAAAGAUUGGCUUCAAGUGGUGGUAUAGCUUUGAUAUGUGAUUAUGGACACAAUGGCACUGGAACUGACACUUUUAGAGCUUUUAAGAAACAUACUCAAGUAAAUCCUCUAGUGAAACCAGGCACUGCAGAUCUAACAGCAGAUGUAGACUUCAGUCUUAUAAGAGACAUAGCGAACAAAACCAAUGAUGUUUUAGUCUUUGGACCGGCAAAGCAAAAAAACUUUCUGCAAAGAAUCGGUAUUGAACAUAGAGUGAAGGCCCUUGCAGAAAACAUGGAAGACAAAAAAGAUGUUGAGCACCUGAACUCAUGUUACAAAUUUUUGACCGAAGAAAGUAAAAUGGGUGAAAGAUUUAAGUUUGUCGCCCUCAUGCCUGCAACCAUGAAGAAAAUUAUCGAUAAAUACCCAGUAGUGGGAUUCGUCUGAGUUCCCGCUGAAAUUAGUUGUUGUUUAUGG